AUGGAAAAUUUGCCAAAGUUAUAUUUAGGAAGUGCAGAAGCAACCCAAAUCGCUGAAGAACUGAAAAAGAAAGGAAUUCGAAAUAUAGUUCGUGUUUUAUGCAAUGAUUAAGAUUAAAAUUAAAGGGCUUAAAGUCUUCCAGAUUUGAUGCCUCUGCACGCUUUCGACUACCGGAACUCUGGUUGCCGAGAGGAAUUCAGUUGCCUGAACCCUAUCAACGGCAUCUCCUCGGACCUGGGGCUUGCACCGAUAUGCCAAAGUCUCAAUAGGUUAGGAAGACUCCUCUUGCUGCACGUCUUUGUGGGUGCUAUGAAGGCAAAGGUUAGCCCAAUGCCUUCUGUCGGCCACCUAGAGGGUCAGUAACAUCCAAAAAAAACUACAGCACCCGGAGCGGGUAGGAAAAGACCCGCAGUCCAAAAACCAUCCGGAUAAUUAACACUUGGACUGGAAUGGCACCAGUGACUCCCAAGAACUACCCACCCCGUACAGCAGGUUCUAGGCCAGGCUAAGGGUUAGAAUUAAAGGGUUUCUGCCUUGGUUUAGGCUAUAAGCCAUUUUAGCACCCGAAGUGGUGCGACCUCCGUCAGGGCAUUUUUUGUCACCACCAUAUUAAUUAUUUAUGCAAUGAGGAUGCUCAAAAAAUCCCUGAUAUAAACUACCACAUUAUCCCUGCAAAUGAUAGUGAAAAAGAAAGCAUUUCUCAGUAUUUUACUGCAGCAAUAAAACUCAUUCACAAUGCAUUGCAAUCUAAUGAAAAAGUGUUGGUUCACUGCUUUAAGGAAUAUCAAGAAGCCCAACAAUUGUAUUGGCAUAUAUAA